CCCUGCCUUGCCCCGUGCUGUCUGGUGUGCGUGCAGGGUGAGUGGAGGAACGCGUGUGCUCAGGUCCUUUUAACAAAGAACCUGGCCACUUGCGAGACUGCAUGUUGUAAUGUGACGAAUUUAGAUACUACCUAACAAUAUUUGCACUCAUGAAAAAGAGGUAUUUAUUUUUAUUUAUCCGAAAGUAGCCAUUUUUACUGAGCCAAAGCAAUAACUGAGAACAGCAGGCGCGGUGUGGCUUUGUUGUUUGUUAAAGCAAGACUUCCUCCGCCUGUUUCGUGCUCUCUAGUUAGCUAGCUGUAGUUUUAUUAAAGUAAGCGGAGAUGUCCACGGGCUGUCAGAAGACCAGUGCCAAGGCCAUCCCGGCGACCAGGAGGGUGACCAUCAACGACGCAGCGCACAUGCCGCAUGACUACUCCACGACACCCGGAGGGACCCUGUUCAGCACCACCCCGGGCGGAACCAGGAUCAUCUACGAUCGCAAGUUCCUGCUGGAGUGUCGCAGCUCCCCAGUGGCCAAGACGCCCCCUCGAGGUCUGCCUAACAUUCCAGGGGUGACCAGUCCCACCUCCAAAGACGUCAUCAAUGAAAAGGCCCACAACGGAGAACCACUGAACAACAACAACAUCAUCACUGCGCCUGAUAACAAGAGCAUCGGUGAUGAUGCACAGUUUGAAAUGGACAUCUAACUGGUGCGGGAAUGACUAUUGAGAUGUGACAGUCCCUUAAAACCAACAUGAUGCUGUAGAAGAGAGGCUCAGGAGUUCUUUCUCUAUUUCCAUCUCCCAUUCCAUGAAGACAAAGGUUCCCCUCCAGUAUCUCCACUGUCUUAGUGUUUUCAUGUCUUUCUCUGUCAAUCUCAUUUGCUUUUUUUUGUCCAAGAACAAAUCAGUAAUGUUACUUUUCUGUCUACCUAAAUGCUUAAAACUGAAUCUAUGUGAUAUAGUGUGCCUUCCUGUAGUGGUACAACUUAAAAAAUAAUUACUGAAAAGAACUUCAGCAGCACCAAUGAAGCCUCUUGCCCUCAGUGCCUAAAUAGUUUCAAGGAAAUUAAGCUCCUUCUGAAGGAAUUAUUUAAAUUUUUGCGGAUUUUCCUAACCAUUCCAGAAGGGUUUGUCACUUGUUUGUCUUUUUAUCAUUUCCUCCUGACACCUCUCUUCAGAUAUUGCCUUGAAAUCUUUAACACGCUGUAUAAGUUGUUGAUCGUGCUCUUGAAAAAGAUUCUUCACCUCAAGUGUCGCACAGAGAAUGUACUAUGGGCUUUUGUUGACUAAAUUUUGAAACAAAAAUGAUUUUCACGUGGUUUGUAGGGUGACAAAACAUUAAAGCAAAGAAAAACUA